AUGGGAAUAACAAAUUUCAACAAAUUUACUUCCUUUGGCAAUUUCAGUAUGGUGGUCUAACACUUAAUACGUUAUUUUCCGCUGUAUAUCAUUAUUUUAGCUUGCAAAAAAGAAACACAUGUUUUGUUUUUGUCUUUGAUCUAUUGAGUGAAGAUUCGGUUUUAUGGCUAAAUCGGACGUUAUUCUGCCGGAAUUUGAGAAAAAAGAUUUACCUUCAAUGGCGUCAGGAAGCUUAGCUGACACCGACAAACAGGUGUCCAAGAGGGAAAUGCACGUGCAGACACGUGAGUUGCUGCAGACGAUAGCGACAUUAGAGAUGUACCGGGCUCAAAGAGAAGUUGCUAACUACAUGGAACUCGCUUACCUAAGGCUUGCUGAUCACCCGGAUCAAGCCAGGGAUGUUCGCAUGACGGCGCACUCAGCUCGAACCCAGCACAUAAUGACUGCAGGGCUAAUGAAGAAGUUUACUGUGACAACAGCUCAUAUAGUCAACACAUUGAUUCCGAUGACCCUUGAUGCCGUUACAGAACUUCAGAGUGGAGAAGUUGUGAAAGAAAUAUUUGGUCAGAUAAUUGAGAUCGCUGAAGAAAUGAAGAUAGAGACCGAAUCGACACAGAAAAGAUAUCUGGAGAUACAAGCUCAAAUUCAAGAAAACAUGGCGAGUGUAAGUAAGCGAAACAAGUAUGUGGUCGAUCAGCAGAAAAAGUUGGGUUUUCAAAUGGAGAGAGAACAACAGCUCGCCAGGGCGGCGGAACUUGCACAGGAAGAAUUGAAUGAAGAAAAGAAAAGAAUGGAGGAGGAGUUAAAACUAUUACAAUCCAAGCGCGAACAAUGUUGGGAAAAUACUGAGAAAGCUCGUGUAGAAUCAAAAGACUCGAGCUCAGGGCGUACUUUCUUGGACACGGCACUGUCGCCGGGACCGGCGCUAUCUGGGGGUGUACAGGGUGUAGCUCUCAAUGUGGUCUCAGCAACUGUCAACUUCUUCACUGGAUUGUUUAAUUCCGACAAACGCUCUAACAAUGUGAGAUGAGUUUUAAUUAAUAAAUGAUCAUA